AUGUCAAAGAUUAAGGUUAUUGCCAAAGAAACAGGAAUAAGGUUCCAUGUCAUCAAAUACAACGAGAAGUAUUCAAAUCAUUCAUAUACUUAUGAACCAGAUGAAGAACCAAAGAUGACAGUAGAACUUUUAUUAAUGUAUGACCACUACAUGUUGAACGAAAAGCUUCCAAUAAGUUCAAUGUUCAUCAAGAACUAUGAAGAUGUUUGUAAGUUGUGCAAGGAUUGGACUUUAGAGAAGAAGAUGUUAGUUAACAGAAGAUAUGAAACAAGGUAUGCAAUUAACUCAAAGUUAGUUACACCACUUGCAAAAGUCAUUGAACUCUUGUUUGCUAACAAUUAUUUCGAACCAAUUAGAACAGGAGAACUUUGCACAUACUUCACAACGAUGUAUAAUGAGAACCUUGAAGAAAUGAUUGACCUCACAUACAAUGAGCGUUAUUGCGCAAGGAUGAAGAAAGAUUGGAGUUCAGAGACGAAGAAAGACAUGAAGUUCCCAAGAGAACAUGUUUUCUUUGCUGACUUCGAAGCAUCAACUGAUGGAAACAUUCACAAAGCAUACAACAUUUGUUUCAUGGAAGAUGACGAUGAUGGUUAUACAUCAAUUUGGGGAAGUGACUGUGCGUCAAAAUUCCUCGAAGCUUUACCAGAUAAGAGUUUAGUUUAUUUCCACAACUUAUCGUACGAUGUCACUUUUCUCAUGUCUCAGUUAGAAGAGAUUACAGGAACUCCAAUCAUCAAAGGUUCACAAACGAUGCAGAUACAAGGAAAGUACAAAGGAAAACUUCUCUGCUUCAAAGACUCUUAUGCAAUCAUCUCAACUAA